AUGAGUAUAAGAGUUUAUUAAGCUCCAUAAUCUUAGUCAAUUAAUUCCUUUUUAAUCACUUUACUCGAUGGCACUGGAUCUAUGUGUAUGGAAUAUGAAUAAGUUGUAAAAGCAUAUACAGAGGUAUUCUCUUAUUUAGGAAAUGAAAAAUUAGAAUAUUAAUUCUAAUUAUAACUUUAACCAAUCCUUCCUUAUGCUGGGGUAAACGGUAGAGGAGGAAACAUAACUAAUACUUUUAAAGAAUUAUUUUAGAUUUUAUUAAGUAAUAAAUAUCCAAAAAAUAUUACAAUCUUAUUUGUAAGUGAUGGUAAAGAACCAUUUGAGAUUAAAGUUCUUCUCCCAUUUAUUAAAAAGAUGAAAGAUUAAUUUAUGAUUCAAUUUAUUAGUUUAGCUAUAGGAGAUAGAUUUCCUAAUUAAAUUAGUAAUAUUUUAAGAAAUAAGAUUCAUAAUCAUGAUCCUAACUUUUAAUCAUUAUUCAAAGUUAAACGAAAUCCUAAAAAUUCUAAGAAUAAGAUAUAUUAAGAAUUUCUUUUAUGUUUUUAAUAAAUCAAACCAUUAAUAUAAGUUUAGGAUGGAAUAGUUUAAAUUAAUAAACCUGUUUUAUAAACCCUUGUAUCUCCUCCUUCUAAUUUAGUCAUCUCAGGAAGUUAUUUCUGUGCAAAAACAGAUUCUUAACAAAAUGAAGGAAUAUGGGGAGGUAAUAUUUAAUUGGAACCUAAAAGUACAGACAAAGAAGUUAACUAAUUUAUUAUUGGUUCAAUUUCUUAAGCCAUUAAUGAUUAAAUUGCAAAUAAUAAAUCAGAUAAUACUGCAUUCUAAAUUAUUUCUAAAGAGGUUCCACAUCUUUUACAAUAAAUUGCAUAAAUCUAAUCUUCUCCAGAAGAAUAAAAGAAAAACCAUGAAGUUCUUGUACUACUAGAAGAAUUACAAUCAUCUAAUUUAUAAUUAAAAUAAAUGAGUGAAAAUCAACUCACUUAAUUAUAAAAAGGUUUAUUUGAUCAUUAAGUCUCUUUAAAUUAAAUUAUUAAUGUUAAUUCAGUUAAUAUUUAAAAGAAUACUGUUACGCCAGAAAUUUUAAAUGAAAGACUAGAAGAAAAAUAUUAAUAGUUAAUUAAUCCAGAAUGCUUUCAAGAACCAAUUUAUGUCAACAAUUAAAAAGUAACUUUACUUUAAAACACUGAACUUAUAAUUAUAGAAACUCUCAAUAAUCACAUAGCUUAUAUUGAACAAAAUAUUAAUAAUGAUCAUACUUAACUUUUAUAAGAUUUUAUAAGUUCUACAUAAGAAUCACUUAUUAAAGUAUUUUCUGCCUCAGAUUUUAAAGUUGAAUUUGAUGAAUAAAUUGUUUCCUUUAAAUAAAUGAAUUCUUUAUUCUAACUUAUAGAUUAAACUAUUAAAAAAAUCAUUAACAUUUAAAAUUUUCUUGUUUUAGUUAAGAAAUAUCAAUAAAAAACUUAAGUAAUAGCUUAGACAGAUACCUCAACUACUCUAUUUUCUUCUAAUGAUGAUUAUAAAUAUUUGCCAAAUGAAUUAUAAAUAUUAUUAAAAGAAGGAAUAGAAUGUGAAGAUGCUGAAAAAUCAUUCGUUCUUAUUGUUGAUACAAAUGAUUCAAUGAUUAAUGAAUCAUAAAUAGCCAUUGAAUCAUUUUAAAUACAAUUUUAAAACAUUCCUGAAAACAAAAAAAUAAUAUUAACUUGGAAAAAUUCUAAAUUUUAAUAAUACUCAUUAAAAUAAGAAUUAUAAUUAUAGCAAUAAUAAUAAGAAUAGUUAUUGUAUGAUAGCUUAUUAGAAUAAUUUAAAGCUCUUGAUAAAUAAUAUGAUUUAUCAAUUAAAAGAAAUAGAAUCUGUAUGAUAACUGAUGGUUUGACUGAUUAUUAAUCAAUACACAAAUCUUUUAAAGUCUUAAAGUUUCAUUAUUCAUUUUAAAUCAUAUAUUUAACCAUUGGAUCCUAAUUAAAUACUAAAAUUGGAAAUGAAUUGAAAUCUAAAUAUCAAGACAGAAAUUUAAAGGGAUGCCCUUUGUUAUUUAAUAUUCCAAGAUCUAUUGUCUAAUCAACAUAGAAUAGUUUUAAAAGAAUAUUAGAUACAUUUAAUAAGAGAUUCGAAGAUAUUUAUAAAGAAUUUAUUAAAUGA